AUGGGAAGUCUAAUGCUGGCCGGAGUCAUACACACUUUGGUAGGAGCUACCGGAUUGGUUGGUUUAUUGCUACGUUUCAUUGGUCCCGUGACCAUUGUUCCUGCAAUCUCAUUGGCUGGGCUCUUCCUGUCAAAAGCCGCAUCUAAGUUCUCGGAGACACACUGGGGAAUUGCUGUUCUAACCGCUGCCAUCACCUUCGUUCUGUCGAUCAGCAUGUCCAAUGUUUCCACCCCAUUUCCCACGUGGAGCCGACAGAAGGGAUUCCAUGUGUCGUGGACUAGCAAUCACAAAACAUUUGCAGUUCUGAUAGCAAUGGCUAUUGGUUGGGCUCUGUCAGCCAUCUUGACCGUCGCCGGAGUUCUGUCUCCGGACCCAAAGAACAUCCAAUACUUCGCCCGUACAGACUCGCGGACCUACGUCAUCAGAGACAGCAGCUGGUUCUCUUUUCCUUACCCAGGUCAAUUUGGAAUGCCUCAAAUCAACGCCUUUGCAGUCACGAGUUUCUUGAUAUCAACUAUCCUGUCAAUUAUUGACUCAAUCGGCGACUACAGCGCAUGUGCGCGAACAGCCUACGUUCCACCACCGCCCGCUCACGCCGUCAACAGAGGCAUCUCCGUAGAAGGUGUGAUGGUGUUCCUGGCAGGAGGUCUUGGAAUUGGUCAUGGCACCUCCUCUUAUGGCUACAACAUUGCUAUGAUCGGACUGACAAAGGUGUCGAGCCGUCGCGUUCUACAAGUGACAGGAGUAAUGUUUGUUCUCCUAAGCAUCGUCACCAAACUGGGAGCCGUCUUUGUCACCAUCCCAUACUCUGUGCUGGGAGGGUCCAUGAUCAUGCUCUACGGUCCUCUAGUAGGCUUCAUUCUCUCCAAUCUACAGGUGUUAGAUCUAUCAUCAACUCGGAACAUUGCCAUCAUCGGUCUCUCACUCUUUGUUGGGCUUAUGGUUCCCCACUGGAUCACCACACGUCCUGAAGCAAUCCAAACAGGUAAUCCAGGUGCCGAUAAUUUCCUCAAGAUCCUCCUGUCCAACCCAGUGCUGAUUGGCGGAGUCAUUGCCUGCUUCCUGGACAACACAACACCAGGAACACGACACGAGCGAGGACUGGACUGGUGGGAGGAUGGCUACAGCACGUCAGCUGAGAACCCGUAUAUAGAAGGGAAGGAGGUGUAUGAUCCCCUCUUUAUACCGCGGCGACUAAGAAGAUCAAAGACGGCCCGUUUUAUUCCCAUUAUACCAAGUCGCCCUCCGACCAGCAAACAGCAGUGUGUUUGA